AUGGAGAAGCCUAGUGCCCUGCUGGUCGGGCGGGAAUUUCUGAGACAGUAUUACACCCUGCUGAACCAGGCCCCCACCAUGCUGCAUCGAUUUUAUGGAAAGAACUCUUCCUAUGUCCACGAGGGAUUGGAUUCAAGUGGAAAACCUGCAGAUGCAGUCUACGGACAGAAAGAAAUUCAUAGGAAAGUGAUGUCACAAAACUUCACCAACUGCCACACCAAGUUCUGCCACGUUUAUGCACAUGCUACCCCGAAUAAUGGUGUGAUGGUCCAGGUCAUGGGACUGCUCUCUAACAACAACCAGGCUUAAUGGAGGUUCAUGCAGAUGUUUGUCCUUGCUCCUGAGGGCUCGGUUGCAAAUAAAUUCUAUGUUCAUAAUGAUAUCUUCAGAUACGAAGAUGAGGUCUUUGGUGGCUUUGUCACUGAGCCUCAGGAGGAAUCUGAGGAAGAAGUAGAAGAGCCUGGAGAAGGACAGCAGAUGCCUGAGGCUGUACCUGAUGAUUCUGGUACUUUCUAUGAUCAGACUGUCAGCAGUGACCUGGAAGAACAUUUAGAGGAACCUGUUGCUGAGCCAGAGCCUGAUCCUGAACCAGAACCAGGGCAAGAACCUGCAUCUGAAAUCCAAGAAGAAAAGUCUGAGCGUGUUUUAGCAGAAGCUGCUCCUGUGGAUGCUCAGAGGAGUUCUUCUCCAGCACCCACAGACAUAGCUCAGAUAGUGCAGGAGGACUUGCAGACAUUUUCUUGGGCAUCUCCCUGUCUAGAAUUUAAACCUGAAUCUCAGAUUCCACCGCAGAGGCCCCAGAGGUACCAAAGAGUGAGAGAACAACGAAUAAAUAUUCCUCCCCAGAGGGGACCCAGGCCAAUUCGUGAAGCUGAGGAGCAAGGAGAUGUUGAACCUCGGAGAACAGUGAGACAUCUGGACAGCCACCGGCUCUUCAUUGGGAACUUGCCUCAUGAGGUGGACAAAUUAGAACUCAAAGAUUUCUUUCAAAACUAUGGGAAUGUGGUGGAGCUGCUCAUAAACAGCGGGGGGGGGGGGAAGCUGCCCAAUUUUGGCUUUGUCGUGUUUGAUGAUUCUGAGCCUGUGCAGAAGGUCCUUAGCAACAGGCCCAUCACGUUCAGAGGUGAAGUCCAUCUGAAUGCGGAAGAGAAGAAGACUCAUGCUGCUAGGGAAGGGGACCAUUGA